AGCUGUCACCAGUACUAACUUGUGUUUUGUAGGGAAUCCAGAAUUCAUAUAAAAUGGUUAUAAAAGUUAUUUGUACAUCAAUUAACUCGAAUUUAACCAAAUUUUUCCCUAUAAUAACCCAAUGCAGUCAAAUUCAUACUUCUCCAAUAAAUGCUGCUUGGACAAAUAAGGAAAACUCCGAUUUCAAAUGGCAAAAAUAUAACGAAAAAAUUUAUCCUCCUCAGCUGCCCGAUGAAGAACCAAGACCUGCGUUUGUAUGUCAUCAACGAACUAACAUUAAAUACAGUCCCUGGAAAAUGUGGUACAUAGCCUCUUUAAUCAGAGGAAUGUCAGUAGACGAAGCCAUAAAGCAGUUGAAGUUCGUACUUAAAAAAGGGGCCAAGGACGUAAGGGAAGUGUUAGAGGAGGCCAAAGUGUUGGCCGUUAAAGAGCACAAUGUAGAAUUUCCGAGUAAUAUGUGGGUUGCUGAAUCAUUUUCUGGCAAAGGGAAGGUGAUAAAAGGUAUCAGGAGACACGCCAGAUGCAGGCCCGGUACCGUAGAAUACAAGUAUUGUCAUUAUUUCGUCAGACUGGAAGAAGGAAAAUCUCCCAAACACUAUUAUCAACCGCCCAAAGAACCUAAACAACAACUGGAAGAUUGGCUUGCGCAAAUGAGAAGAAGAAAAAUUACAAAUUCUCUAUAGACAUAUAUUUAUACCAACGUUACUAUUAGUCAAUAAAUAUAAAUUACAAUCAAACAAGCCCACUAAUUACUAAAUAAAUACGUCAAUAAUUCCGGUUUACUCAUUUGCCUAUUAUAUUUUUGCACAAUUUCUUGAAUUUUUAUUCUCCUCCUAAGAUGCGGCGAUUGAUAACUAAACAUUUUUCAACGUCAUUUUUAUGAGUAAAUAAUAAAAUAAAUACACCUCACCUGUCGCUAUCUAAUCUCCUCCGCCUCGCCAUAUUUAUCGCCGUAUGCCUCACCAAAGGCCCCAAAGCUCGUCUGCUCACCACCAUGCCGUCUAUCAAAGGCGAAGCCAGCCCGACCCUUCCGGUGGGGCCUCGUAAAUGCACUCGCAGCAACCCCGCGGACAUUAUGUGCAAAAAUAUAAUUAGCACUUCUUCGUGCUUCUGAACCGUCGAUUUCUCUAAACCG